GAGGUUUGAAGGUGGGAGGGGAGAGGGUCUCCUGUCUGCUCCUUUGUCAUGGGAAGACUUUCCUCUGCUGUUUCAGACAGACGGAGGAGUUCAGCUCCAACUCCAACUCGCGCUCAUCAGAGAAUCUUUAGACAUGUAACUGAGGAAUCCUCCACCCUUCGCUCUGCUCCCCUGAAGAAGAGGAGGUCACUAAUGAACAGCAUGCUUCCUCAGAGGAGCUCUGUCUCCGCUCUGGGCUUCGGCUCGGACUGUGUGAAGAUUGAGCACAGCAGCGGUAGGUCAGUGGGGGGGACACUGCUGAGGGGCUCUCGCUCUAAAGCGGAACUUCAAGAGCUGAUGGAGACGCUGCAGCGCAGGAAGAGUGCACUGGAAGCCAGCCUGAGGGCAGCGGAGUGCAGCCGCAAGUACCUGGGCCAGUCCACCAGGCCGCUGUCGGUCCUCAGCAGCACAGAGAAGCCUCCGUCUGUCUCCAGAAACUUUUCUUACAUCAGCAGCAGUAGUGUGCCUCCAUCACCGCGUCAGGGAGAACGCCAGAUUGGCUCUAAUGGUUUGCUUCGUCACUCCUAUUCUCGCCACCAGUCACAGGACAGUUUGCUGCUCUCUAAUGCAGCAGAUGGGAGCUCCCUGCUCUCCUCCUACGGAGAAACAGGGCCUCGUUCUCCAAGGGUCAAGAGCGGAGCAGCAAGUAUGCCAUCCAGCCCUCGAAUGGGCCGUAGGCUCUACUCUCAGGGCAGAGCUGGAGGAGACUCCAGACAGAGGAAAUAUUCCACCGGCUCCCUCAACAAUCUGGGGAUGCACAGCCGCUCUUUGCCUCGACUUCACAACGCAGCAGAGCCCCCGGCUCUCUCGCUGCCAUCCCGUCACUCAGUGGGUUCUCACAGAGGAGCGGUGUCGGUGGGUCAGAGACGCAGUCUUUCCUCCCUGGAGCAGCCUCCAGAUGUCACAGUACCAGCCAGUAUGCCCAGCACAUCAAGGAGGUCCAGUUUAGCUUCUCUGAGCUCUCUGGGUGUGGAGAUAGAUGGGACGGGCCUAGACCUGGGCUUAGGGGAGAGAAGAAUGUCCUUUGGGAAGGGUGGAUUGAGUCCAGGACAGAGAGUGGGUAGCAUCAGUUCUCUGAAUGGCAAAGAGGAGCUGAGAGACUACCACCAGCAUCAAAGAGAUGAGAGACUCAGGGAGCAGAAAGUUCAGCGACUGGAAUGCCAGCGUCUAGAGUCCAUCCUGAACCUGUGCACUGAGUUUGGACAGGUGGUGAGAGAGCCAGCGGGCUCAGCUGUUACUGAUCUGCAGAAGAUCAAUAAGGAGCUGGAAAAGCUGCAGGUGUCGGACGAUGAAUCUGUGUUCUCCGACUCCCCCAGCAGCACCGCUCCAGACUGCAGUUUUGUGGCCAAAGUCAGAGAUUUACAGUUUUCUGAGGAGCAGCAGAUCACCCAACAUCAGCAGAGCAGCUACAGGCAGGCCAGGUCCCUCUCACCAGCUAUCAGCCUGAACAGCAGCGCCCCCUCCCCCUCCACACACCACAGAGCCAAGGCCCUGGAGAGCGUGCAGCUGAAGCAAGAAGUGACUCACAUUGAGGAAGAAAGAAUUCAGGUUCUGAACAACAUCGAGGAGCUGGAGCAAAAGAUCAAAGACCUGGACAACCAGAUGGAGGAGUCUCUUCGUGAGAUGGAGGUGGAGUGUGCCCUGCUGGACGGAGAACAGGAGUCUGAGGUGACCCAGCUGCAGAAGGAAAACGAGUUACUGGAGGAACUCAAGGGGAAAAUGCACAAUGUUGAGAAAACAAGUCAUCCAGAGUCUCAGGAAACGGAGGAACAGUCAAAAAGUUCUGAAGAUCUGGAGUUUCAGAAGCUGGAAAGAGAAAUCAAGCAACAGGAGGAAACAGAAAGUCAGAGCCAAGAGCUGCUGAGAGAAAUCUCAGAGUGUCAGCGUCUCAUCAUCACAAGGAAGGAAAGAAUCAUGACUCUGAAGAAACAGUCCUCCCAGAUCACUCUGCAGGCUCAGCAAGAAAGAGAGAACUUCCAGAGAGAGAAGAACACGUUGCUCAUCAUGCUACAGAAGGAAAAGGAGAAGCUGAUGUCUCUGGAAGGAAAGUAUGCUGAGUUGUCUGAGGGGCAGAAAUUCACCAACAACCCCAUCACCAUUAAAGCGCACUUGAACUUGCUGAAGGAACGGAGAAGAAGCAGCAAAGAAAACUCUUUCUACCCACAUGAAAACUCGCCUCAGAAGAAGAGCCAGCAGCUCCUCGGCUCCUACGACAGAUCUUUGGGACGCACAUUUCCUCCAAAGGCUCACCUGCCUCUGUCCCAAAGCUCCAGCUGUGGCAGUAUCAUCCCCCAGGGAUUCAGCUUCUCUCAGAAAGUCACUCGCCGGCUGCCCAAGAGUAAUAGCCAGGCCCACAUGAGCGAAGACAGACAGAGUGACUACUGCAGCAGGAUGGUUUCUGAACCCAACGUGUUUCUGGACUCGUUCUCUUUCCCUGACCACAGCCAGGCCUCGGACACAGUGAGCGUGGACAGUUCUGACAGCCUGGAGACCAGCUUCUCUGCCUGCUCCCCAGACAACAUAUCUAGUGCCAGCACUUCCAACAUGGCCAAGAUUGAGGAGAUGGAGCGUUUACUUCGAGAGGCCCAGGCAGAGAAGCAGAGACUCCUCGAACAUCGGGAGCGGGAAAUGGAGAUGCGCCGGCAGGCUCUGGAGGAGGAGCGAAGAAGGCGAGAGGAGUUAGAGAAACGACUUCAGGAGGAGACAAACCGGAGGCAGAAACUUGUGGAAAGAGAAGUGAAGCUCAGAGAGAAGCAGAGAACACAGUCCCGUCUGUUGAGCCGCUACCUCCCUGUUAGAAAAGACGACUUUGAUCUUCACGGCCACAUCGAGGCAGCUGGACAUAACCCAGAUGCCUGCUUCCAUCUGGCCAUCACCGACAAAACCUGUCGAGGAUUCCUGGUCAAAAUGGGAGGGAAGAUCAAGACGUGGAAGAAACGCUGGUUUGUGUUUGACCAUAAUCGCAGGACGCUGACAUACUACGCAGACAAACACGAGACCAAGAUGAAAGGCGUCAUUUAUUUCCAAGCCAUAGAGGAAGUGUACUACGACCACUUAAAGAAUGCACACAAAAGCCCCAACCCAUCUCUGACCUUCAGUGUGAAGACUCACGAUCGGGUGUACUACAUGGUGGCGCCCUCUCCUGAGGCCAUGCGUAUCUGGAUGGAUGUUGUUGUAACAGGCGCUGAAGGACACAUGCACUUCAUGGUGUAACAGAUCGGGUUUGAUGUUUAUUUGGUUAACAUUGAGUAGAACCUCCACUCGUGUGCAGUAAUAGCAAACACAUGCAGUGCUGAGACGGAUAAAUACCAAGUGAAGGACAUUUUACACUUUGAUCCAACUUGUGCAAACUUUAUAGUUGUACAAAAACACAAAAUGUACUUUAAAAAGUACGUUUUUUAGUGGAAGUUCAGAACGAAGUUCUACAUCCCUCCCAAUUUUCUCAACCUUUUUUUUCAUGUUUCUAUAUUAAAACCAUGUAUCUCCUUUGAAUGUCAGGCUGCAUCAGUACUGUCUGUAUUUGUAGUGAAAUAAUGCACUUUUGUGAAUUCAUUGUGUUCAUUUGACUCAUCUAAAUUGCUGCUUUCAGAUCACCAUCAUAAGCUGAUCUUUUCUUGAAGUUCCACAAAUAUCCAUUCAAAAGAUUAUCAACAAGAAUAAAAAGGAAGAAAUUGUGUGUUAGAUUUUUGAUCACAUUUAUUGUAAAUGUUGGCAAAUGUUUAGUUCAAACGUAAAGGAAACGAGCAGGAUCCCAGAGGAUGUGUGUCAUAUGCAGUGGAAGCUGCAGGCCUGACGUUUGGAGGCCAUGUUGUGCAGCAGUGAUGCUGCAUGGUCUGCGUCCACUAAACCAUUUCACUUUUUCACCAGCAGAGGGCCUCCGUGCAGAAUGGUUGCACUACAAUGAUGUAAUGCUCUAACUGCACAUACUCAUUUAUAGACAUAAUACUUAUUUUUUUUAUUUCAAAUAUGUGCAGUUUAAAGCACAUCUGUGUUCAAGCUCAGAUUUCCUACUUUUUUCAAUUGUCUUUUGAAUGUAUUUGACAUUUAAUGUGUUUUUUGAGUAUAUUAAUAGACUUUUUACAGCACGUUUGGCAGUGAAACAUGACUUUAACAGCCAGUGAGGAGGUGUUGCCUGGUUAACCCCUGCAGAGUACAGAUCUCGCUGCUGAGCCGACGGUGUUACAGAUGAUUCACGGCGCGUUUCUCAUCUUCAUGCUGUUAAACAGACUUUAGGAAAAAAUAAUUAAACCAAAGUGAAUGACUGCUUUCAUAUAUAUAUUUUUAAUACAUGCCAUGUUUUCUGUAUGUUGUGAUUUUUAGUUGACGUUACAAUUUAGUUUUUUAUACUAAACUUGAAUAAAUAAUUCAGAUUUCA